CACACACAAUAAUACACACUUAAACACAACCUGCAGCUUCGCCACCAUUUUGCGUGUAAGCUUUAAACAGCGAGGUUUAAAGGAGGAAAACAGCCUUUUUGCGACAAUGGACGGCAUCGCUAGUGAUGUUGCAGUUGGUGUAAAGAGAAGUUCAGAUGAUUUGCUUUCUGGCAGUCUUUACAGUAGUCCAAACACUUCAGUUAAGGCUAAUGGAAGCGACAGCAAAAAACUGAGAGUGGAGGACGGCAUGGACAACCCGCCAUCCAGAGUCAUUCACAUUCGCAAACUUCCAAAUGAGGUUUCUGAGACAGAAGUCAUUGCCCUGGGCCUGCCCUUUGGGAAAGUCACCAAUAUACUGAUGCUGAAAGGCAAAAAUCAGGCAUUUUUGGAGCUUGGGACGGAGGAAGCAGCGAUCACCAUGGUGAACUACUACACAGCAGUGACCCCUCAAGUGCGAAAUGCUCCUGUGUGUAUCCAGUACUCUAACCACAAAGAGCUCAAAACAGACAGUGCACUCAAUCAGCGUGCCCAGGCUGUUCUGCAAGCAGUGUGUGCUGUUCAGGAGGGAGGUUCUCCAAGUUCAGACUCUGCAGGAGAGAGCGUGUUAAUACCACCGCCAAGUCCAGUCCUGCGCAUCAUCAUCGAUAACAUGUUUUACCCAGUGACACUGGAUGUCCUGCAGCAGAUCUUCUCCAAGUUUGGGACAGUGAUGAAGAUCAUCACAUUCACCAAAAAUAAUCAAUUCCAAGCGCUGCUUCAAUUCAGCGAUCCUGUCAAUGCUCAACAGGCCAAACUGUCUUUGGACGGACAGAACAUCUAUAACUCAUGCUGCACGCUGCGCAUUGACUUCUCCAAGCUGGUCAACUUGAAUGUGAAGUACAACAAUGAUAAGAGUCGAGAUUACACAAGACCCGAGCUGCCUGCAGCGGAUGGACAGCCUUUUGUAGAUCCGACGAUGGCUGCUGCGCUCGGCAAGGACUCCACGUCCCUACUUGGGUCGAUCAGUCCUUUGAGUGCGGCUGCGGCAGCGGCGGCAGCAGCCGGGCGAGUCGCUCUGUCAGGACACUCGGCGGCUGGCGCAGUUCUGCUGGCCAGCAAUCUCAACGAUGAGAUGGUUACGCCCCAAAGUCUCUUUACCCUCUUCGGUGUGUACGGGGAUGUGCAACGAGUCAAGAUCCUCUACAAUAAGAAAGACAGCGCCCUCAUCCAGAUGACAGAUGGAAAUCAGGCACAGUUAGCCAUGAGCCACCUGAAUGGGCAGAAGAUGUAUGGAAAAAUCAUCCGUGUGACCCUUUCCAAACACCAGACUGUGCAGCUUCCUCGCGAAGGCUUGGAUGAUCAGGGCCUGACUAAAGACUUCAUCAAUUCGCCCCUGCACCGUUUCAAAAAGCCUGGCUCAAAGAAUUUCCAGAACAUCUUUCCUCCAUCAGCAACACUCCAUCUCUCUAACAUCCCUGAGAAGGUGGAUGAAGAGGACCUGAGACUUCUCUUCUCUAACUCUGGAGGCACAGUGAAGGCCUUCAAAUUCUUUCAAGAUCGCAAGAUGGCCCUGCUACAGAUGUCAACAGUGGAGGAGGCCAUCCAAGCACUGAUCGACCUCCAUAGCUAUGAUAUGGGUCGUGGUCAUCGCCUCCGAGUCUCCUUUUCAAAAUCCACCAUCUGAGGUGGAUUGUACAGUGUAGCUUACACCCUUUUUCUGACCCCUACUCCCUAUGGAGUGUUGAGUGAUAUUAGAGUUCAUUUGAAUCAAUUAUUCCUGAAGACUACAUUAGAAACACGCAGGCACCAUUACUUUCUUUCUCUCAGUUUUUCUCUUCCUGUUGUUACCCAUUGGUUGCUCCCACAACAAAAUGUGCCUUACUUAUACAACUUAAACAGCAUAAUCCCCCCAUCAUAUUUACAGGCAAUCUAGAAGUGUAGGCACAUUCAUUUGUUUGUGGUGAGGUGUGUUUUUUUUUUUUUUUUUUUUUUUCUUUUCUCUUUCCCCCAAAAGCCUUGAUUAUGCCCCACUACACUGACCUGCUGUAUUGUAGUAUUUAAUAUAUAGUCAUUUUUCUUUUGAAAAACUUCAUUGGAGCUUUUUUGUAUCAAGUUUUAUUGGCUUACUUAUUUUGUUUCCGAAUGCCGAACAUCAUUCUGAUGUGAAUCUUCUGAAUACGGGUGACAUGAUCUUAUGAACAGCCACCUGCUAGCGCACAUUCUUUUUGUACAUUUGUAGUUUCAUCUGACAGAUUUAAUGCUGAAGACCACACACACACACACACACACUGUGUGCAAUGUAGUAUAUGGUGCAUAUUAUUAUUAUUAUUUUUCUCAAACGCAGACUAGGAUUUUUGUUAAACAUUUAUGCUGCCUCUUGGCCAGUAGUUGCAUACAUUUGACCAAGGUCUAUUAAGUCAUCAUUAGCGAUCAUUAGCAAAAGCAGACAGUCUGUUAGUUUAUAUGAUGAUAUUUGUAAUCAGAUAUGAAUUGAUCACUCUGAACACUGCAAUCAGCUCUUAACAAUGCAACAUGUCCUUGAAACAAACUUUAAUUAAAGAGCACUGAGGGAAACCAUUCCUUUGUUUCAGGUUGUUUUUUCAACAUGAAAUAGUUUUAUUAGGAUAAUGAACUGAACGAUUAGGUUUGUAGAUGCCGUGGGUUUAAAGAGGGCAGCUAGAGAUGAAACCUUUAAAUAAUAAGGAACAAUGACACGUUUGACUAAUUUUACCUGGCAAACACUUUGCUAAUUAGCUUCCAUUAACAGUACAGCUACUCCAUUAUCCUUAAAUAGUUUCAUGAUGUGCUGAAGGCAGACUAAAUCUGUAUAAAAUGCUCUUUCCUAUCUAAUAUCAUUGAAGAUUGAUUAAAAUUUAAAUACUCCAAAACAAGGACUAAAAUGCAUGAAUCGAAGCAAUGCCACUAUUUUGUGCUAAGAUGAUAUUGAAACAAGUAAUUAAAUUCUUAAAAACCUGUCGUGUAAUUUUAUUUUCAUGCAUUAGUGUAAAUUGUGCUCAUUAAAUAGACCUUUUAAUUUUUUGAGACAUUUUCUUCGCUGUGGACUCAAUCUGAUUGCACCUCAAUCUGAUUGCUAAGCUUUGUGAUUUUCAUUGUGAAGCAUUUCAGCUCACAUGUACACUACCAGUGAAAUGUUUGGAUGCUCAUGCUUCUAGUUGGGUUUUUCUCAACCAGGAUCAUGAGGAGCUUCACCCCUGAAAAAAAGCUCUUCUUAAAUGUCCUACAUAGUCAAAGUUCCUGUCUACCCUAAUUGGAAAAUAAGAAAUUUUUUAAGUUCUAAAUGGAAAUAAAUUGCAAAUUUCACAAAAAUGUGUAGACUAUUCAUACUUUUGACUGGCAGUGUAGAUAAACCAUUAGGACCAAAGCUGCUGUGCCUUUUGACUUUUUUUUCUGCAUGUUGUAUCAAGCUGUUUCGUGCAGCAUUGGUUUUCAUUUCAAAAGGGAAAUAUUCAGGAUUUUUACCAGACAUUGAAAAACAUUUGUGUGAAUUCUACAUGGAUAUUUGCUGUGUUUUUGAGGCUGGCGAGGUUGUUACUCUGUUAUAAGAUAAAAGAAUAUGUGGUCUUUGGUUCAGAAUCAUGGAAGGGCUGUGUAUAUUUUCUACAUGGGUUGCGUUUUUACAUCUGUACAAAUUCAGUGUGAUUUGGAAGUGAUGCGAUUAAAAGUUCUUUUUGUCUACCAGA